UCCGGUUUUUGGGUCGCGAGGCUGCCGGCCUUCGACGCCUCCUUCCCGGCUUCUCUUCCUUCUCUUCUUCCGCGGCUCUGGCCCGGCUUCCAGGCCUCGACCCCUCGGGCGCAGGGGCCCUCCUCGGCUUGGCCGCCGAGACGGAGGCGCCCGCUCCGACCCUCGCCAGUCAAUGCUCCCGGUUUUCCGUUUGAAUCUACGCCACACAUUUAUGGCGAUUCUGAGAGUCAGGGCAGAUUUCUGCCGGGCCCAGCACAGCACCCUGGUCAAGAAGUAAGCUGGGGGCCGGGGUCUUACGUGCCAUAACUAAACUUUGCCUUGAAGACUUCCAGACACCAAGACACAAAAAGCCUCAAAUAUAUGGGGUUAUCUUCUGCACAUUGGAAACCUCUUCCUCUUAGUGACACUAGAGAAGCGAAGCCUGGCUGAACCCAAGUGGAGAGAAGACCUGUCCUUACAUUUUCUUUGUGCCUCACCAGUGCCUAAAUGUAGUAAAGGCUGCCUAUUUUUUGCAUGUAGUAGAAGACUGCAGAAUCUGAAGGAGCGCCACCUGCAGUGAUCGAGGCUAAAGUUGAAUUCCAGCGGAUGCCCAAGGAAACCAGCUUUUCUUGAAGUGAAGAAUCAUCCCGAAGAACAAACCAACAAGAAAAGCUCUGAUCAAUCCCUGGACACUUUAGUGGUCUUUUUUUUUAAUGUUUUCUGCUGUGAAACGUUGCAAGAUUUGAAUUUUUUUCUCUCCCAACACAUCUCUUCCCCCCUUUGCCACAAUGAACCGUCCUGCUCCAGUGGAGAUUACCUAUGAGAGUAUGCGCUUCCUGAUCACCCACAAUCCAACCAAUGCAACCCUCACCAAAUUUACAGAGGAGCUGAAGAAGUAUGGAGUAACAACCUUGGUGCGAGUCUGCGAUGCUACCUAUGAUAAAGCACCUGUUGAAAAAGAAGGAAUCCAAGUUCUAGACUGGCCCUUUGAUGAUGGAGCACCACCACCGAGUGAGAUCGUGGAUGACUGGCUCAACCUCUUGAAAACCAAAUUCCGUGAAGAACCCGGCUGCUGCGUUGCUGUACACUGUGUGGCAGGGCUGGGAAGAGCCCCUGUUCUGGUUGCCCUCGCACUCAUUGAAUGUGGAAUGAAGUAUGAAGACGCCGUGCAGUUUAUAAGACAGAAAAGGAGGGGAGCUUUCAACUCCAAACAGCUGCUUUAUCUUGAGAAAUACCGACCGAAGAUGCGAUUACGCUUCAGAGAUGCCAACGGCCACUGCAUCGUGCAGUAAGUGAGAGGCCCCCGGUGAAGUCGUGACGCUGUCGUGGUUGUCUUUCUGGACUCGUGAAACCUGGAAAUGUAAUUCUGGAAUUGGAUGGCAUCCUUACCAUAGUGGAGUCAGUGCUCCUCAGCCUUUGUCCUAAUGAUGAUGAUUGUGAUACAAAAAUAAAAUUAAAACAUUUCAGUGAA